AUGGCCACACCAGGAACCCAAUAUAUGAUGCAAGCCGGCCUAGCAGCCGGCAUGUCCGCCACACAAGGCUUCCACCCUCCGCACCCAAAGCCAGUGGAUCCCCAUCUCAGCGAACCAGUCGACAUGCUCCCAGCCGGCCAGAUGCCAACCUCGCAGAGCCGAAUCGCUCUCCCCUGCGUCAACGGCAAGGUCGUGCUGAUCCCAUAUAUGAGUAUCAGCACUUGGUCAUGGGGCGACAAAGCAACCUUCAGUUACAACCCGACCCGAGACUUGCCACAUAUCCAUUCAGCAUGGCAAAAGCUCAAAUCCGUCGGGCUGACCUUCGUAGACACAGCGCAGUCCUACAGUGACGGCGAGAGCGAGCUUAUCUGUGGAACACUGUUCCAGGGCAUGCCGCGGGAUUCAUUCGUCGUGCAAACCAAGUGGUUCUCAACGCCCGAUAUGACCAACACCCUCUUGCAAUCCGGUGGGCCUAAGUCCAAGCUCCGAGAUUCACUCGUUCGACUCCGAUUGGACUACGUCGAUAUCUACCUCGUCCACGGCCCGAUUCACCCUACCAUUAUCUCAAAAGUAGCCAAGGGGCUAGCGGAUUGUGUAGAAGAUGGCUUGACGCGUGCGGUUGGUGUCGCAAAUCACAGUACCCACGAGAUGAUCAAUAUGGCCGACGAGCUUGCGACACACGGCAUCCCGCUCGCUGUUUGCCAAUGCGAGUACUCGGUCAUCCGUCGCUUGCGGGAGGUUAGUGGCAUGAUUCGGGAAUGCAAGAAGCGUAGCAUCUGUUUCCAGGGUUUUGCUUCUCUCGCUGGGGUUCGUCUGUCCGGCAAGUAUUCGCGUUUGAAUGAGACUUCGCGGAGACGUCGCUUCAGCAGUUAUCCAAUGCAUAUGUUGGAGCCUACUAUCGAUGUGCUCAAGAGUAUUGCUGGGGAGAGACGUGUGCCUGUUCCGGCUGUUGCGUUGAAUUACUCUAUCAACAAGGGUGUUGUUCCUUUGGUUGGGGUUCGUAAUGCGGAGCAGGAUAUGCAGGCGCUUGGGUGGCGGCUGACGGAGGAUGAGAUGAAGCGGAUUGAGGCCGUUAGUAUCGAGGGACAGACUUCUUCAUCGUUGCAGCAUGGCUAG